AUGUCGAAAGACCACUACGAGUACGAAGAGUACUCUCGUCGCCGCCGCGAUUUCUCACCUGAUAACUAUUCUGGCGGUACUCCGAACUCGAACUCCCAGCAGCAGGGCCCUCCUCCGCCUGGCGCUCCUCCCUAUGCCUCAACAUCUCGUCUUGAUGAUCCGUACUACGGCGGUAUGCCUCCCCCUCCACGGGAGCGCAUGACCCUUGAGCCUCCCGAAUCUCAGAACCGUCCGCGCUCUGUACCACCAAACACCACCAUGGUCCGACGUAGCCGGUCCCGUUCACGUCCACCCUCGGACGAUGAAGACUAUGAUGACAGGCGUAGCUCCCGAAAUCGCUCGCCCAGCCCCAUCACCCGCGCGCGCAAUGUAGUCGAUGAAAACUUCACCAACUCUGCAUCUGGUAUUGGUGCCGGUCUUCUGGGCGCCGUUGUCGGUGGCCUUGUUGCUCGAGAAGCGACCGAGGCUGCGACACGCCGCAAGCACAAGACUCGUGGUUAUGAGGACGAGAACGAAGACCGCACUCGUCUCGUUUCUACCAUUCUCGGUGCCGUAGCUGGUGGCCUUGGAGCCAAUGUUCUUGCCAACAGGGUAGAGGAUUCUCGAGAACGUGACCGGCAACGCCAUCUAGACUGGGAGCGUGAGCGUAGCUACGUGCGCGAGGAGGAGAUGCCUCGGUAUGAGCGACGGAGAUCCGGUGAUCGGGAGCGGGAGCGGGAGCGGGAGCGGGAGCGGGAGCGGGAGCGGGAGCGGGAGCGGGAGCGUGAACGGAACGAUGAUCGUCGGAGUCGCGACCGGUAUGAUCGCAGCAGAGCGCUGCCGCAAAAUAAUGAUGAUGAGGAGAACUACGACUUUGUCUACGAUGAUCCGCGGUACGAAGAGCGGGAACCUCGGCAACGCAGGAGCGAGGACAACCGGUAUCGCCAGUAG